UUUCUGAAACUAGUUUCUAAGACAACUUAUGAGAAAAACAAUGUUUUCAUCCAUUUAUCAUACCUUAUUGUUACUUCUCAUUUGCUUUCUUCUCCAUAAACCCACCCAAGGAAUCAAAAAGUCCUACAUUGUAUACUUAGGACCACAAUCUUAUGGUUCAAGUCUUUCAACUCUUGAUGUUCAAUCUGUCACAAACUCUCACUAUAAUUUGCUUAGCUCAUAUGUUGGAAGCACAAAGAAGGCCAAAAAAUCAAUCUUUUACUCUUAUAGUAAAUAUUUUAAUGGAUUCGCGGCGGUGCUUGAUGAAGAUGAAGCUGCAAUGGUUGCAAAGCAUCCUAAUGUGGUAUCAAUUUUCUUAAACAAAGCAAGAGAACUUCACACAACUCACUCAUGGGAUUUUCUUGGAUUAGAGAGAAAUGGUGUUAUUCAAAAGAGUUCAUUAUGGAACAAAACCAAAGGAGAAGAUAUCAUUAUUGGGAAUCUAGAUACUGGUGUUUGGCCUGAAUCAAAGAGCUUUAGUGAUGAAGGGAUGGGUCCAGUUCCAAGUAGAUGGCGAGGAAUUUGCGAUGUUGACAAAAAUAAUACGGAUGAAUUUCACUGCAACAGGAAGCUAAUUGGAGCAAGAUAUUUUUACAAAGGCUAUUUAGCAAAUCUUGAUCCAAACGGAAAUAUAUCAUUUCAUAGUGCUCGUGACAUUGAUGGUCAUGGUUCACAUACUUUAUCAACUGCCGGAGGAAACUUCGUUGCGAAUGCAACUGUAUUCGGUAAUGGAAAAGGAACGGUAAGUGGUGGAUCACCAAAAGCCCGAGUUGCGGCCUAUAAGGUGUGUUGGCCACCCCUUGCCGUGGGUGGCGGAUGUUAUGAAGCAGACAUUUUGGCUGCUUAUGAAGCCGCCAUAAGUGACGGCGUAGAUGUUCUUUCGGUGUCUUUGGGUGGCAAGAACGUCGAAUUUUUGGAAAGUAGUAUUUCUAUAGGGUCUUUUCAUGCAGUUGCCGAGGGCAUUGUUGUAGUGAGUUCUACAGGAAAUUCAGGACCUACUCCCUUUAGUGCAUCUAAUUUGGAACCAUGGAUCAUCACAGUUGCUGCAAGCACAAUGGAUAGAUCUUUCACCAGUUAUGUUACUCUUGGUAACAAGAAAAUAUUCAAGGGAUCUAGUCUUUCAGAGUCCAAGUUGCAACCUCACAAGUUUUAUCCAUUAAUAAGUGCAGUUGAUGCCAAAGCUGUUGAUGCUUCUGCUAGCAAUGCUCUUGUUUGCAAAAAUGGAACUCUGGAUCCAAACAAGGCAAAAGGAAAAAUUAUUAUAUGUCUUCGAGGUGAUAAUGAUAGAACUGAUAAGGGUGUGCAAGCUGCUCAUGCAGGUGCUGUUGGUAUGGUUUUGGUUAAUAAUGAAGAAACAGGGAAUGAAAUUCUAGCUGAUCCUCAUGUUCUUCCUGCUUCACAUCUUACCUUUAAAGAUGGCACCUACCUUUUUAAUUACAUUAACAUCACCAAGUCUCCUAUGGCUUCAAUUUCUAGAGUGGAAACACAAUUGGGUGUAAAGCCAGCUCCAGUUAUGGCUUCAUUUUCAUCAAGAGGGCCUAAUAUCCUUGAUCCAUCAAUCCUCAAGCCCGACAUCACAGCACCGGGAGUCGAUAUAGUUGCUGCUUUUAGUGAAGUUGCAUCUCCCUCUGAACAAAAAUCUGAUAAACGCAAAUCGUCUUUCAUUUCUUUGUCGGGAACUUCAAUGUCAUGCCCUCAUGUUUCUGGUGUUGUUGGUUUAAUCAAAUCUCUUCAUCCUGAUUGGAGUUCAGCUGCUAUUAAGUCGGCGAUUAUGACCACAGCAAGAAUAAAAGAUAAUACCGGAAAGCUUCUAUUGGAUUCGUCACUGGAAAAUGCUACUCCGUUUGCAUAUGGUGCGGGGCACAUCCAACCUAAUCGUGCUGUAGACCCUGGACUUGUUUAUGACCUAAAUGUUACUGAUUAUAUGAACUAUUUGUGCAACCGUGGCUACGAGGGUUCUCAUCUUAGUGUGUUCUACCGCAAGCCUUACACUUGUCCAAAAUAUUUCAAUUUAUUAGAUUUCAAUUAUCCGACAAUCUUAAUUCCCAACUUUAAGAUUAGACAUUCUAUAAAUGUUACUCGUACUCUUACCAAUGUUGGGCCCCCGAGCACAUAUAAAGUUCGCAUUGCAGUGCCUCGAGAAGUUUUUGUCUCUGUUGAGCCGAAGGUACUACACUUUAAGGCAAAGGGUGAAAAGAGAGAGUUUAGAGUCACUUUGAAUUUGAGAUCUUUAACUAACCAUAGUAAUGAUUAUGUAUUUGGGAGGUUGGAUUGGACUGAUGGCAAGCAUCAUGUUAGGAGUUAUAUUGCAAUUAAACCACAAUUGUGAAGGUUACAACUUAUUUUCUCUGUAGCCAAUGAACAUUUUUUUGAGAUGUGUAAGUUCUUUGAAAAUUGAUAAAUCGAUUACUAUAUCAAUAUAAAUCUUUGUUUUUGCUUACA